AUGUCUAUCACCAUCCAAACACCCCCGCCAACGGCGCCGGUGCACUCCCACCUCGCCCUCAUCAUCGGGCAGAUCAGCCCUCCACCACCGUACGGCUCGUCCGUGACGGUAACGGCCGUGCCCCACCCGCCCGUCCGGUUCCCCGUCCACCCAAACGGCCGCUUCAAGGCUCUGGCGCCGCUCACGCCGGGCGAGAACGGGGUGAAUAUCGAGUGCGGAUCAACCUCAACCAUACAUCCCGUCUUCUAUCAGCCGCUGCAGACGCGGCCGAUUAGCCUCAUCAUUGUCGCGGCCCGCAACUCGCCAGUAUGCUUCGACGACGUGGGUCCCUCCAACUUUGACAUGGCGGCGCGGCGCCUCCGUAUGGCCGCGUAUCUUUGGCAAGCGUAUACCGCCGAGCAGAUGAUGCGCGCCGGCUUCGGCGCGCGCACGUUCCAGUUCGAGACUGAGUGGGGAGUGGAUACUGUCUCCCAGGCCGGUGUACAGGCCCAGAUCCCCAAAGUCACCCUCGUGCGUAGCAACCACUCCUUGGCCGACAUUCGAGAUGAGAACCGCGCGCAGCAGGGUAGCGGGAGCGGCAAGCAGGACCUGUACGGCAUGAUGCGGGAGGCAGUGGAGAACGCGCCCGAGUUCCGCGAGCGCAAGGACCUCCAGGCUGCCGUGCUUAUCAUGGACGCGACCCACGAUCGUAACGGCCUGAUCGUGGGACAUGCUGCACUCGGCGGCUCAGGAGGCCCGUUCCCGCUCGCCAUCUUCGGUAGUCACACGUGCUUCUCGUGGCCUGAGACGCUCGACCAGGUAGUACCCGCCUUCCUGAACCGCCAAGCCGUCGACACGCGCUCGUGCGGCAUCGACGCGGAGGGCAAGGACUAUGGGAUGGCGGCACAAGUCGGCAUCGGCGCGAUGAUGCACGAGGUCGGCCACAUGCUGACGUGUCCACACCAGUCCUACGGCGUCAUGCUGCGCGACUACACGCGCCUCGCCGACAGCUUCAUCGCGCUGCAAGCCGACGACAAGAACGAAUGCAAAUGGCAUCGUCUCGACACCCUGCGUUUCAUCUCCCAUCCGUCUUUCGCCUUCCCGACGGACAAGCCGCUGCCUCAAACCAAGGGCCCGAUCCUCGUAACGGCGGCAACCGACGGGCUGCAGAUCUACACUCCAUCCAGCGAGUUGCUCGCCAUCGAAUACCGCCAACCCGGCAAAGAGACGGCGGACCAAUUCAUCGACCUCUUCGGCAAAGGUCGUAACACGUACAGCAUUCCGCGGAACGAGCUGAACCACUUUGACCGCAUCACUGUCCUCGCCAGUGACGGGGGAAAGCUCGACGACUUUGGGCUCAAGAAUAUCUGGCCGUCACGGCACGGCGUACUGCGUUCCCCGCCGUUUGGCAGCGAAAGUGGGAGUCCGCAGGCGAUUGGCGUGCCGCCCAACCUGCGGCAUAUUCGGGUGUACUGCGGCGCGGCACUCGACGGGAUCGAGCUCGACGGGGCGUUAUUCGGCAAGCGUGGGGGGUCGCCUAAGGACUGGCCUCUGCACCCAGGGGAGACUGUUAUGGGCAUCAAUGUGCGCCAUGGAGCGUGGAUGGACGGUAUCCAGUUCGUCACGACGCAGCGGACGUCUCCUUGGUUUGGGUCACAGGGCGGCGGGCCGGGUGAGGCGCGCGUCCCCGCGGGGUAUCGGCUGAGCGGAGUUUAUGGCCAUGUUGGGCAGUGGUGCCAGGGUAUGGGGUUCGAGUUUGAGCCGAUCGGCGCCGAGCAUGCGCCACCUCCGCCGAGGCCGAUGAGCGGACAACAGACUAGUCAGCAGGGUAAACUACAGUCAAGUCUGCAGGACCAGUGGCAUGCCAGUGCUCCGGUACGCCAGGGUAUCGAGUCCAAGGUUAAGAGCAAGUUCAAGAGCUUCUUUGGAUAG